GGUGUCUCUCCGGACCCAGGUCUCCCUAGGCAGCCGGGGACUUCGCUUGCUAACCGCCCCCGGGCUAGGGCCUGCCCGCGUGCUGCCCGCGAAGCACUGCAGCGAGGCGUCCCGCAGGUCUUUGCUGCGAGUUGUGGGCGUCGUCCAGGGACCCUGCCCUGCCGUUCAUUGCACCGCCAGCAGCACCCCAGCAUCGCUGGCACCUGCAGGGUGGAGGGCUCAAAGGUGGAAAUACCCCUAUGGCUAGCAAAAGGAUUGUAUGACAUCAAACGGAGGAUCCUUUCAGUGGAACUGCCUAAGAUUUACAAGGAAAGCUGGCGGACGGUGUUCAGUGCUGAUGCCAAUGUGGUUGACCUUCAUAAAAUGGGGCCAUACUAUUAUGGUUUUGGCUCCCAGCUCUUGAAUUUUGACAAUCCAGAGAAUCCAGAAAUAGCUCAGACUAUACUGCAGACGUUUAUUGGCCGUUUCCGUCGCAUCAUGGACUCCUCCCAGAAUGCCUACAACGAGGACACCUCUGCACUGGUGGCACGGCUGGAUGAGUUGGAGCGAGCCUUGUUUCGAGCUGGCCAGAAGGGGCUGAAUGACUUCCAGUGCUGGGAGAAAGGGCAAGCGUCUCAGAUUACAGCUUCCAGCCUGGUCCAGAAUUAUAGGAAGAGAAAAUUCAUGGACAUGGAUGGCUGAAAGCAUGAAGGACACACAACAGCAACGGGGGACACUGAAAUAGAGGCCAGCCAAUCUUGAGAAGGGACAGACUUUCCUCACAGUUUAACUAAAGUCCUUCUGCUUGCAUUUUCAGAUUGGACUAAAGCAUGUUUUAGAGAGGCAGAACAAGAAUAUAUCACAACGUUAUAUUACAGCAUGCACUUACUGCUCCCAUGGAUUGAUGGCAACAGUUGUGGGCUUCAUGGCUGAAUGGAUAUAAAAGGCUAUGCUGGAAGAGGAUCAUUUAAUAUUUAUUAUUUCUAUCAUCUAAGUAGAUCUGGAAUUGCAAACAGGGAUUCUAAAACUGUAGUUCCAACUCUUUCUCCCCCUCCUCAGAUCACACUUCCCUGCACAUAUUCCAGUGUGCUUACAUGGGAACAUCUGGUUCCAACUGCAUGAGUCUGGAGGACAUCCCAGUAACAUAAGAGUGGUAAAGACUGCUCUGUGAUAUCCCCUUCGCUCUUGCUAUGCCUUAAUGCACCAGUACAAGUGCCUUUUUUUAGGCGUAAGCAUCUACUAUGAACCGAUUCUUUUGCUGCUUCAUUCUUGCAUGUGAUUUUCAGGCUUGUCUUUGGUACCUCCAUAGAGCUGCCUUCUGUGUGUCCACACAGCAGUUAAAGUGGUGCUGUAAUUUCCUGUGCCCUGACUUUACCUCCUGCUGGACUUGAACCAAUGGUCUUGACUUGAACUUCUCCCCUACCACCAGUUCCUGAGCCAUCUGGAAUAAAUUAACCCGAUUGCUAGUUUCAACUAAUGGUGAAGGGACAGAGUGAAUGAAUUGUUUCCUUCCUUCUGAUUUAUUAUUUCCUUUCUGGAAAUGUCAUUUUUACCUUUGGGAGUGAAUAGAUUUAGAACUCGUUAAACAGCACAAGAGUUACUUAUGGAGAUGUCCUUAAAACGUAGCUUCGCCUGUGAGUCCCGUUGUAGGACCCGAGAACAUCCAGAAAUACAUGGUUCCUCUCCAGAAAGCUGCUUAUGGGGCCAUUGGCAUAGUAUUCUUGGGACAAGUAAUUAGAAAUUAUCUGGGUGUUGCUUAGCCUUCCUUGAAAGGAAACCCUUUAAAAAGUAACUAACAAGAGGAGUUUUAUCCUGAGAGGUGUUGAGAAUCCACAGUGCCUGCUGACCUCAUGAAGAGCUGUGGAUGUUCAUCAUACUUGGGCAUCUCUGGGGGAUCAGGCCCAAGAAGUGCUCGGUUUUAUAUGGGCAGCUUGUUUUUGGCCGCAAAUUCUUGGAUGCUUAAUGUAGUUGUUGGCUAAGGGAUCCCACAGGAUGGGCGAGUGGCCAGUCUUUGGGUCUCAGAAGCGAAACCUGUGCCUCUGCAGUUGGUCAGAAAAGGUACGUAGUCUGGGAUAUGACAGCAUCUUCAAUUUGCCACGGUCUCUGAAGUGCACAGAACAACCUGUCCUGUUGCAGGAGACUUCAGUAGCUGCUAGUGGACCAUGAAAAGGGAGUUCGAGCAUGCACGCUAUUAAAUGCCAUUGUGCUAAAUGACAGCAUGCUAGGGAAAUGAUGCAUUUUUAUAAGAAGCUAAUUUUUAGCCUGGAGUUCGUGUAUUUUCUAUUUUGGGAUUUCUGUGCGAAAUAAAUGAGCGUUACACGCUGGUGAAGAACUCUCCAUGCAAAUCUCCAUAAUUGCCCUGCUGCUGAGAGUCCAUUCAGGGCCAGGAGAAAAACAGCCACUCAAAAACCUUAGCCACAGAAUCAGUGAAGUCUCGAUUGGUAGAACCCACUGUGUUCUUCACGCAGAUCCCAAACGCAGGAGUGUCACGCUGAUACACUUCUGUGGGCACAGUGGCAUCUGUCUGACUUGCAGCUCCACCUAGAUCGGGGUGGGCAGUAAUUUUUGCAGGGGAGACACUAACUUUGGUUAUGGUUGUUGGUCAGUUCCGCCCCUCUGGAAGGGGCGGGGCAUCAGGUAGAAGGGGCAGUUCCUUCUAGCAGACAUACAUCCCUGGCAGGGGAGGGAGAUGCCAGCCGCUUAGAACAGAGAAUAACUUCACGCACUCCCCUGCCCCCAGGUCUCUAUUAGCCUGGGGGUAGGGGAGAGGCAGGGUGAACCAUGGGCUAGAUCCGGCCUGCAGGCCGGAUCUUGUCCUCCCGGAUCUAGACAACCCUGGCAUUUGCCACAAGUCAUGUUAGAGGCACUGCUAGGUUGACAGUAGGCUUCAACUUUUGAUUUUGUUUUAAAAAAAAAAAAAAAAAGCUUAUGCAACCCAGUGACAGAAAUUUUACAGUAUUUCUGUUUAGAUUUUUUUUUUUUUUUUUUUUUUAAUUCCAGGGAAACAGAUCUGAUGUUUUGGAUGUAAACAUUUUCUUGUAGCAGGUGCAUCCCAAACAUUGAAGCAUUUUGAUAGUACUCGAGUCAGAAAGUGAAAGUGACUGAUGAUUAUAAUACAGCCUUUAUGUAGUGUUUGUGUUCAAAGCACUUACCAUAUAUUAACUAACAGAUUCUCAUAAUCCCACUGUGAGGAAGGGAAAUAUUAUCCCCAAUUCCCAGAGGAGAAAAUGGAGACUUAAGUGAUGCACCAAAGGUCACAUAGCAAUAUGUUGGCAGAACCAGAUUCUGACUCUUUCUCCAUGCUCUAAUCAUUAGCACGCAGAUGUUCCAAAAUAAGAGCAAAAUAGAUACAAUCUGUUUCCUUUGUUUAAGCUGCAUGAAAUGAAAACAGAAACUAAUCAGCAUCUUGGUUAAAAGUAAUGUUAGGUUUUAAAAACUCAGUUUUAAAGGAGGCAGCAUUGACUCGAAAUCUAGUCUGUUUCCCAAACAACAUGAGCUCUCUAAAUACCCUUACCAAUUUUUGUAGCUACACAAUCACUUAAAAAAAAAAAAGGGGGUGUUUCAAAGACAU